AUGGAAAGUCUUGAAUCACAGCUUGUGCCUCCCACAGAGGAGAAACCAUUCAGGUGUACAGUGUGUGGAAAAUGUUUUAAGUACAAGACAACUUUGUUAAGACAUAAAAUUACUCACAGAGGAGAGACACCAUUCGCAUGCACUGAGUGUGGGAAAUGUUUUAUGCACAGGUCAAAUUUAUUAAGACAUCAAAUGUCUCACACAGGAGAGAAGCCUUUUAAGUGUACACAGUGCAGGAAAGGUUUUACACGAAGGUGCAACCUUGUAACUCAUGAAAUGAUGCAUAGAGGAGAAAAACCAUUUAAAUGUACAGAGUGUGGAAAAUGUUUCAUACGUAAGCGUUAUCUUAUAGCCCAUGUAACAAUCCACACAGGAGUAAAACCAUUUCAAUGUUCUGAAUGUGGGAAACAGUUUAGACGCAAGCCAUUUCUUCAAAUUCAUCAAAAACUUCAUACAAGAGAGGAAAGUUUUAAAUGUACAAAGUGUGGAAAAAGGUUCAAUAACAAGAAUGAUCUCCUAUCUCAUGAAUGUAUCCACAAAGGGGACACAUUUUCUUGUACUGAAUGUGGAAAACAAUUUAAAUACAAGUCCAGUCUUAUAUUUCAUCAAAGGCUUCAUACAGGAGAGAAACCCUAUAGAUGUUCAGAGUGUGGGGAAUGUUUCACAUACAAGGUUAAACUAAAAGCUCAUGAAAUUAUCCACACAGGAAAAAGUCCAUUCUCAUGUACCGAGUGUGGAAAACACUUUACACAAAAGUCUGUUUUUUUAAAACAUCAAAUGAUCCACACAAGAGAAAAAUCAUAUAUUUGUACAGACUGUGGGAAAGAAUUUAAACGCAAGUCAGAGCUUAUAAUUCACAGGAGGAUUCAUAUAAAUGAGAAGUCUUUCACAUGUAAAGAGUGUGGCAGAUCCUUUAAACAGAAAUGUUACCUUGUAAAGCACGAAAGGGCCCAUUCAGUAAGAAAACCAUUUUCCUGUGCUGAAUGUAAGAAACAGUUUAGAUGCAAGUCAAGGCUCUUAAUUCACCAAAGAAUUCAUACAGGAGAGAAACCUUAUGAGUGUACAGAGUGUGGCAAACGCUUUACUCGAAAGAGCUACCUUAUCCACACAGGAGAGAGACCAUUUCUAUGUACUGAGUGUGGGUUAAGCUUUAAGGACAAAUCAACACUCCGAGGACACCAAAUAAUUCAUACAGGGGAGAAGCCUUUCAGAUGUUCAGAAUGUGGUAACAGUUAUGCACGAAAGUCAGCGCUCCUAAACCACCAAAGUAGUCACAUAGCAGUAAACCCUUACACAUGUACAGAAUGUGGGAAACAUUUUGCAAGCAAGCAAACGCUCUAUGGACACCAAAGGGUUCAUACAGGGGAGAGGCCUUUCAUAUGUACAGAAUGUGGAAAAGGUUUUGCACGAAAGACAACUCUUAAAAAACACCAAAAACUUCACCAAAAACUUCACAUAACAGUAAAACCAUUCACAUGUACAGAAUGUGGGAUUAGCUUUUCAGACAAGUUAAAGUUCAAAAGACAUCAAAUGGUGCAUACAAGAGAAAAGCAUUUUUCAAAUGCAAAAAAUGUGGAUAAAGAUUUGCACAAAAGUUAA